AUGGAGCUGCAGCGCCGAGUAUUGCUUCUGACAUGGGCCUUCUUUCUGACCUUCGUCCUUGUCAUCAACGCUGAAGCAUCCCAAUGUAGCGAAGAAACAACUUCACUGAACAAGAAUGAGAAGGUUAAAGAGUUGUUGAAGACUCUCGAGGACAGAUAUACUUUUCGGAAAGACACCAAAUCUUCCGAAAAAACUUGGCUGGUCGGAAAACCGACCACAUGUUUGCGGAUGCUGUGGACGACAGAGGCGAACAUGUCUACCGCCAGCAUCUUUUUGACCUACACAGAUGAAAGGAACAGAACGACAAUCCAUAUAGUAUCCGUGAAAAGUGAAUGUGAAAACACCUUAGAGUUUACGUUCCCUAAUGUUACUUUAAAAGAGUUCAAGGACAGGAGGGUGAAAUAUAAGGUUCUGAGUACGAAUUCUUCUUGUAGCAUUUUAGAGAAACCAAAAGACAGCUUAGGAAAGUGUGCGUACUGGGUCCUGAAAACAGGUGAAGGUGGCAGGGAUGCAAACUGGUGCAAACCGCCCAGGAAGCCUAAGUGCGAUGUAGAGAUACACACCCUCCAAGAACCUCGGAGAUGCAAGCCAAAGCCCAAAUCGAUUCCACCAGGGGUGUCUACACUUAAGGUGCAACCCCACCACAAAUUCAAAGCUCAUCAACUGGGAAAGGAGUCGCUUGCCUUUUGCUUUCGUCUCCGGGUGCUUUGUGGAGUCCACAAUCGUUCUUACUGCACUAGACAGUUCGCUGUAGCUCUCACGAACGGCCUUCACUGCUUCAGCACGACAUGCCCAUCUGGUUGUAAACAAAGACUUCAAAGUUUUCGGUUGUGUGCCGGCAGUUUGGCAAAUUCGCUCAAAAACAGCAUGGCGCACAACACUGUUUUCAAUAAAGUUGUUCGCAAGUUGCACAACGCCAAAGAAAUCAAGCAUCAUUCUGUUUUCUGCUCGGGACAAACAUGCAUCGACAAGCACCAGGUUUAA